AUGAAUGUUGGCUCCAAAGUGCAUCAACAUAAAGCUACAUCAUCGCUGACACACUCAUACAUCGACGGUACUCUGCUGGGUUACGGUGUGGUGGAGGAGAAUCAAUGCGACCAUUAUAUCGGUACUGGGGAAAAUAUGGAUUCAUCAGAAAGUCGAACUGUGCGACUAUGUAUAGUGGAAGGGCGUGGCGCAUACAAGCGAGGUGCAAAGUUCUGUCCCAUCUUGGAUGAAGAAUCGUCGGGCGUGGAGUGUGUUCUGGGAACUGAUAGGUUGGACUGUCUCCGUCGCAUCAGCAAAGGCACAGUGGACUUUGGCGCCUUCUCACCUGAAGAUCUUGUAGCUGCUCAGUGGGCUGAUGUUGAUGUACUGGUUACAAAUGAGCUGAGGCAUAGAGUUCAGGACUACGAGCGUACAGUGGUGGCGGUGAUAAAUCGUCGUCUGGUAGUGGAAGGUGCUUGGUCCCUGGGGUCAAUACUUCGGAACACCACAUUAUGUCACCCUGGUAACGGGGUCAAUGACCUCCGGCCACUGUCCGAUACUUUAGCCGGGUAUCUCGAAUCGCUAGUAAUCACGAGGUCAUGUGACCCGAAGCUGUCUCUUACCGAAAACAGAAUCAAAUCCGUGGCCGAAUUCUUCGGCAAGGCCUGUAAAGCUGGACCCUGGCUUCCGGAUCCUGUGAGAGAUGCCGAACUUAAGCAUAAAUACCCAUCGCUGUGUAGCGCUUGUGAAAAUUCAGCUUGCAACUCGCUCGACCGAUAUUGGGGGGCAAGUGGGGCAUUAUUGUGUCUAGUUGACGGCGCAGGAGACGUAAUGUGGGGGGAGUUGGGGGACGUCGUGGCAUACUUUGGGCUGAACUCGAACUCCAGUGCGUUUCCCUCAUCAUCAGAGUUCCUAUACUUGUGUCGUGAUGGGUCAUACCAGCCCUUGAAGGAUAAUAAUAGGCCGUGUGUAUGGCUGAAUCGACCAUGGCCGGUCAUCGUUGCUAAAAGAAAAGCCUCCGUUGCAGUGACUAAUCUAAUUACUUCUUUAACUGAUGGGGCAUUAUUCGACGGUCAUUGGCACGGGGCCCUUUCCGCGUUACUCGAAGUCCGCGAGGCUCCAACUCCCUUAUACCCGCCCAGGACUCCGUUGGACCAUUUGGCCGGAGCCCGGGGCUUUAGGGAGGCAUACAGCCAGAGUGGAUGCGACCCGCCAAGACACGUCACCCUGUGUACAACAUCACUAUUAGCGAAAAAUAAAUGCGAUUGGUUGAGCGAAGCGGGCGCUGUGUACGGAAUUACUCCGCCAUUGCAGUGUAUUUUGAGAGAAAAUGAGCAGGCGUGUUUGGCCGCUGUCGAAAAUCAGGAGUGUGACGUCACAGCCGUGGAUAGUGAUUGGAUGUUGAGUGCUACUAGAGAUUUCAAUCUAAAACCUAUUCUGUACGAAGUUACACCAAUCGUCGAAAAGAUGAACACCGUUGUGGCAUACGUCAAAAAGGGCGGCAAAAUCAACAAGAUGGCUGAUUUGCGCGGGAAACGAGCCUCGUUCCCGCGUUACGAUGGCUUCGCGUGGCAUUCUGUUAUUCAAUAUUUAAACAAAGAAAUCACUUGCAAUGAAAUAUUUAACUAUUUUGAUGAAGUUUGCGCGCCUGGAAUUGAAAAUUUUAAUUUUAGUAAAGAAAUAGUGGAAAAAUUUACUAAAUCGUGCUAUCAAAAUGACGACAAUGAAAAGGCAGCUCUGUUGUCUUUGGUUCAUGGAAAAAGUGAUGUAGCGUUUGUUAGUAUGGAGACCUUUAAUGAAUAUCAAGCUGAACUAAUUACUUUACAUGCGGAACAGCCAGACAUCAUACCACUGUGUCCUGAGGAAAACGCCAAAUAUUGCUACAUAAGUUGGGCAAACAUUGGCCAUUUAUAUGCAACGAAGAAUCUCACACAAAUGCGUAGACACGAGAUUACAAAUGUCUUCACUAAAUUAGAUCAACUCUUUGGCAAACAUCAACCUUUCCACAACCCAAUGUUUUCGAUAUAUGGCCCAUUUAACCAUCAACUAAACGUUUUGUUCCAUAACAAUACAAAAAUGUUGGCCACAGAAGAGAUAUUUAAAAUGCAUCCAUAUGACGCGAUGCCUUUAAAUUUUGAAAUUAGAAUAUUAAAUAAUACGAUUGAUAACUGUCAAAUUAGCGAUUCCACAUUUAGUAAGGCAUUUAUAACAGUACCUACAUUCCUAACAGUGAUAUUAAAUCUAGUCCUAUGUUUAAUGAUGUUAAAUUAA